AUGCAACAAAAUUCCAAAAGAAGAGGGGAAAAGACUAAAGUAGGCUCUGAACAGGGACAGGAAGAAAGACAGGAAGUAGAGAGAAGUAAGAAACAGCAUGAAGAGCAAACGGUGACGGAGUUGGAAAUGGUGGAGAACGAGAGGAAGAAACGUAAAAAGCAAAAGAAGAAAGAGAAGCGCGUGAAUGUUCAAGCUGAAAUGGAGGAACGAACUGAAGGGAAAACUAAGAAAAAGUCAAACGAUCUUCAAACACAACGAGACGAUGGAGCGACUGUUGCUGAGGAGGCGAUGAGUAGCUGGAGGAAAAAUAAAUACCAUAAUGACAGACGGACAGAAGACGGGAAGGACAGUGGCCUCUCAGCGUCUGCAGUAGAUGUCUCGGAUGUAAGGGUGCCAGAGGAGGCCAGAAGGAGUAAGAAGAAGCACAAGAACAGACGAACGGAGCUUGGAGAGGGAGCGGAAAGCCGUCACACAGUUUUAAGAUUAGCAGAUGAUCCUGAAAUCAUAGAACUAUACACUGACACGGUUGAGGGAGGUGAAAAUGUGGUAACGGAGCAACAGAACAAUGUAAAGGAGAAGAGGAAACGAAAAAAGGAAAAAAUUGGAGAGAUUCAACUGAACGUUUGUCCAGAUGAAACGGAGCUUCCGGGUAUUAUAGAACAAACUGAGAGAAAAUGGAAGACAAUGAGGCUGACAACACAACCGGACGGAGGGUCUGCUGCUGUAGAGGGCAGCAGGAGGAAAAAGAGAGAACGCAGCAGAGAGUCCGACACGGGAAUGGACCGUGUGCCCUCGACGUCUGAUAACGGGACACCUGAUGCUGGACCAGAACCUGAGACAGGGGAGGAUGGCCCACAUACAACCAUGGUUGCAACAAGGACCCAACACCGCAGACGCAGCCUAAAGGAGAAACCUCUAAGGUCGGUAGAAAGGAACCUCGUACACUCGUUUUUAAGUGUGAAAUGUAGCAUAUUUUGAAGAGUGAUUUCCCUUACUGGUGGUUAGUGAACAUAACCAUUGACAACAGGAUUUGCUGGUGAAACCAGACCUUUUGUGAAUCAUUGUGCGGUGUACCAGAGUUGAAUCUGAAACCUCUUCCUGUGCAGAGAGGAAGCAUUGCUGUCCUGCUCUGUCUACUCAGAGGUUUCAAAACAUAUUUCAGAUUGAGAUGUUAUGUUAUUUAGAUGUUCUCCCCUCCCUAUGUUACAGUGAGAAAGAACGGAGGGCUAUGAAUGAGCUCAAAGAGUUUAUUCCCAAUAUUGAGUCUCAUGCUGCUUGGAGUAUCAGAGCAAUGAUAAAGUAUGAUCUUGAUCGAUUCAAGGGAUUCCGAAGACAAGGUAAGUUUAUUCUUGAGUCCCUCAUGGUGUUUAUCACAGUCCGUGGAAGAGAUGUUAUGUAACAUGUUACUGUGUUGAUGUAUGAUGAGAAAUUGAUUUCAAUUCUGGAAAAAAGGAACAUGUGAUUUGCUCCCUUAACACAAUCAAUCAACUUGUAUUUAUAAAGCCCUUUUUACAUCAGCAGAUGUCACAAAGUGCUAUACGGAAACCCAGCCUAAAACCCCAAACAGCAAGCGAUGUAGAAUCACGGUGGCUAGGAAAAACUCCCUAAAAAGGCAGGAACCUAGGAAGAAACCUAGAGAGGAACCAGGCUCUGAGGGGUGGCCAGUCCUCUUCUGGCUGUGCCGGGUGGAGAUUAUAACAGUACAUGGCCAUUAAGGCCUGAUUUUUCUCCAAGAUGUUCAAACGUUCAUAGAUGACCAGCAGGGUCAAAUAAUAAUCACAGUGGUUGUAGAGGUUGCAACAGGUCAGUACAUCAGAAGUAAAUGUCACUUGGCUUUUCAUAGCCGAGCAUUUAGAGGUUGAAUCCACAUUUAGUGUUUUGCCCUCUGACUGAAUGUAGUAUCAUUUAGACCCAAUGGGUUAAACCAGGCCUCUAGACUGACACCAUUUAGUCCCAUUUUGCAGCCUUAAAGGCGUCCGCACACGGUAAACUUUAGACUUGGAUGUGCAAGGAACUGUUUUUAUUGGUCGCAUUGAUGUGAGCUGUGUUUUGAGUUUCCUCUUACUGAGGUGGGGAAUUAGCCCCAAAUAAAUUAGCAUAUGAUAUUAGAUUUAGGCAAAUGUUAUCUCUAUUGAAAAAAGAAAAUUCUAAACAUUCUGGAGCCCUAUUUUAACAGUCAACUAUAACUACUAUAACUAAUUGUCAACCCAAAAUUCGUCACUGGAUUAGGUUUUACAUUAAAAUAUCCUGAAUCAUGCAUCUCUGCUAGGACAUGUUAGAUUAACCAAUGUAUUUCUUGAAUUUCAGUAAUCUGUUCCACCUCUUGAUAAAGCACUGGGAACGACCUCAGUAAUCUGUUCCACCUCUUGAUAAAGCUCUGGGACAUGAUACUUAUUCUAUUACGUGACACCAACUUUUUUUGGGUGCGACCAAAUCAUGGGCUGGUGCCACCAACUGAAAAAGUACCAGUGUUACCAGGAGAACAUGUUAGGGGCACCAGUGUUACAGGAGAACAUGUUAGGGGCACCAGUGUUACAGGAGAACAUGUUAGGGGCACCAGUGUUACAGGAGAACAUGUUAGGGGCACCAGUGUUACCAGGAGAACAUGUUAGGGGCACCAGUGUUACAGGAGAACAUGUUAGGGGCACCAGUGUUACAGGAGACCAUGUUAGGGGCACCAGUGUUACAGGAGACCAUGUUAGGGGCACCAGUGUUACAGGAGACCAUGAUAGGGGCACCAGUGUUACAGGAGAACAUGUUAGGGGCACCAGUGUUACAGGAGAACAUGUUAGGGGCACCAGUGUUACAGGAGACCAUGUUAGGGGCACCAGUGUUACAGGAGACCAUGUUAGGGGCACCAGUGUUACAGGAGACCAUGUUAGGGGCACCAGUGUUACAGGAGACCAUGUUAGGGGCACCAGUGUUACAGGAGAACAUGUUAGGGGCACCAGUGUUACAGGAGAACAUGUUAGGGGCACCAGUGUUACAGGAGACCAUGUUAGGGGCACCAGUGUUACAGGAGAACAUGUUAGGGGCACCAGUGUUAGAGGAGAACAUGUUAGGGGCACCAGUGUUACAGCAGAACAUGUUAGGGGCACCGGUUACAGGAGAACAUGUUAGGGGCACCAGUGUUACCAGGAGAACAUGUUAGGGGCACUGGUUACAGGAGAUCAUGUUAGUGGCACCAGUUACAGGAGAACAUGUUAGGGGCACCAGUGUUACAGGAGACCAUGUUAGGGGCACCAGUGUUACAGGAGAACAUGUUAGGGGCACCAGUGUUACAGGAGAACAUGUUAGUGGCACCAGUUACAGGAGAACAUGUUAGGGGCACCAGUGUUAGAGGAGAACAUGUUAGGGGCACCAGUGUUACAGCAGAACAUGUUAGGGGCACCGGUUACAGGAGAACAUGUUAGGGGCACCAGUGUUACCAGGAGAACAUGUUAGGGGCACUGGUUACAGGAGAUCAUGUUAGUGGCACCAGUUACAGGAGAACAUGUUAGGGGCACCAGUGUUACAGGAGACCAUGUUAGGGGCACCAGUGUUACAGGAGAACAUGUUAGGGGCACCAGUGUUACAGGAGAACAUGUUAGGGGCACCAGUGUUACAGGAGAACAUGUUAGGGGCACCAGUGUUACAGGAGAACAUGUUAGGGGCACCAGUGUUACAGGAGAACAUGUUAGGGGCACCAGUGUUACAGGAGAACAUGUUAGGGGCACCAGUGUUACAGGAGAACAUGUUAGGGCACCAGUGUUACAGGAGAAACAUGUUAGGGGCACCAGUGUUACCAGGAGAACAUGUUAGGGGCACCAGUGUUACCAGGAGAACAUGUUAGGGGCACCAGUGUUACCAGGAGAACAUGUUAGGGGCACCAGUGUUACCAGGAGAACAUGAUAGGGGCACCAGUGUUACCAGGAGAACAUGAUAGGGGCACCAGUGUUACCAGGAGAACAUGUUAGGGGCACCAGUGUUACAGGAGAACAUGUUAGGGGCACCAGUGUUACAGGAGAACAUGUUAGGGGCACCAGUGUUACAGGAGAACAUGUUAGGGGCACCAGUGUUACAGGAGAACAUGUUAGGGGCACCAGUGUUACAGGAGAACAUGUUAGGGGCACCAGUGUUACCAGGAGAACAUGUUAGGGGCACCAGUGUUACCAGGAGAACAUGUUAGGGGCACCAGUGUUACCAGGAGAACAUGUUAGGGGCACCAGUGUUACCAGGAGAACAUGUUAGGGGCACCAGUGUUACCAGGAGAACAUGUUAGGGGCACCAGUGUUACCAGGAGAACAUGUUAGGGGCACCAGUGUUACAGGAGAACAUGUUAGGGGGGGGCACCAGUGUUACAGGAGAACAUGUUAGGGGCACCAGUGUUACAGGAGAACAUGUUAGGGGCACCAGUGUUACAGGAGAACAUGUUAGGGGCACCAGUGUUACCAGGAGAACAUGUUAGGGGCACCAGUGUUACCAGGAGAACAUGUUGGGGGCACCAGUGUUACCAGGAGAACAUGUUAGGGGCACCAGUGUUACCAGGAGAACAUGUUAGGGGCACCAGUGUUACCAGGAGAACAUGUUAGGGGCACCAGUGUUACCAGGAGAACAUGUUAGGGGCACCAGUGUUACAGGAGAACAUGUUAGGGGCACCAGUGUUACAGGAGAACAUGUUAGGGGCACCAGUGUUACAGGAGAACAUGUUAGGGGCACCAGUGUUACAGGAGAACAUGUUAGGGGCACCAGUGUUACCAGGAGAACAUGUUAGGGGCACCAGUGUUACCAGGAGAACAUGUUAGGGGCACCAGUGUUACCAGGAGAACAUGUUAGGGGCACCAGUGUUACCAGGAGAACAUGUUAGGGGCACCAGUGUUACCAGGAGAACAUGUUAGGGGCACCAGUGUUACCAGGAGAACAUGUUAGGGGCACCAGUGUUACCAGGAGAACAUGUUAGGGGCACCAGUGUUACCAGGAGAACAUGUUAGGGGCACCAGUGUUACCAGGAGAACAUGUUAGGGGCACCAGUGUUACCAGGAGAACAUGUUAGGGGCACCAGUGUUACAGGAGAACAUGUUAGUCUGGAGCCCUAGGUUAAGCCUCUGUGGAAUCUUCUGUCUUUCUCAGGCAUUUCCCUGCGAACUGGACGAUUCAGUGCACAGGAGAACAAACAACUCACGAGGAAUAUAGACGCCUUCCUGGCUCUCACAGGGAUUGAGGAUGCCUCUAAGCUCUUCCAUACAACGCGCUUCACAGACGAAGUAACCAAGAUCCAGAGGUUGAAGAGUCAACACAGUUUCCCUGAAAGAAUAGGUGCGGUGUAUUCCAGACAGGUUCAUUAGAUAACUUGUCAGAUAAAGCUUCAUCCCCACAUCGUAUCCCUGUUCUUUAGCAUUGUCUACAGUGAUCUGUGAACUGAUCUGCCUUCUCCCUAACCUCUGCUGUUCCAGCUGAAGGGAUCCCAAGGCCUUGGCAUACGAUCUAUAUUCGAGGUGGGAGGAAAAUGUUUGAUGGCAGCAGCUACAAGGGCAGGUAAGACGGGGCUAGUUACUUUAAGGGCAGGUAAGACGGGGCUGGUUACUUUAAGGGCAGGUAAGACGGGGCUGGUUACUUUAAGGGCAGGUAAGACGGGCUGGUUACUUUAAGGGCAGGUAAGACGGGGCUGGUUACUUUAAGGGCAGGUAAGACGGGGCUGGUUACUUUAAGGCUAGGUAAGACGGGACUGGUUACUUUAAGGCUACGUAAGACGGGGCUGGUUACUUUAAGGCUAGGUAAGACGGGGCUGGUUACUUUAAGGGCAGGUAAGACGGGGCUGGUUACUUUAAGGGCAGGUAAGACUGGGCUGGUUACUUUAAGGGCAGGUAAGACGGGGCUGGUUACUUUAAGGCUAGGUAAGACGGGGCUGGUUACUUUAAGGGCAGGUAAGACGGGGCUAGUCACAUUAAGGCUAGGUAAGACGGGGCUGGUUACUUUAAGGCUAGGUAAGACGGGGCUGGUUACUUUAAGGGCAGGUAAGACGGGCUGGUUACUUUAAGGGCAGGUAAGACGGGGCUGGUUACUUUAAGGGCAGGUAAGACGGGGCUGGUUACUUUAAGGGCAGGUAAGACGGGGCUAGUCACAUUAAGGCUAGGUAAGACGGGGCUGGUUACUUUAAGGCUAGGUAAGACGGGGCUGGUUACUUUAAGGGCAGGUAAGACGGGCUGGUUACUUUAAGGGCAGGUAAGACGGGGCUGGUUACUUUAAGGGCAGGUAAGACGGGGCUGGUUACUUUAAGGCUAGGUAAGACGGGGCUGGUUACUUUAAGGGCAGGUAAGACGGGGCUGGUUACUUUAAGGCUAGGUAAGACGGGGCUGGUUACUUUAAGGCUAGGUAAGACGGGGCUGGUUACUUUAAGGGCAGGUAAGACGGGGCUGGUUACUUUAAGGGCAGGUAAGAUGGGGCUGGUUACUUUAAGGCUAGGUAAGACGGGGCUGGUUACUUUAAGGCUAGGUAAGACGGGGCUGGUUACUUUAAGGCUAGGUAAGACGGGGCUGGUUACUUUAAAGCUAGGUAAGACGGGGCUGGUUACUUUAAGGGCAGGUAAGACGGGGCUGGUUACUUUAAGGGCAGGUAAGACGGGGCUGGUUACUUUAAGGGCAGGUAAGACGGGGCUGGUUACUUUAAGGCUAGGUAAGACGGGGCUGGUUACUUUAAGGCUAGGUAAGACGGGGCUGGUUACUUUAAGGCUAGGUAAGACGGGGCUGGUUACUUUAAGGGCAGGUAAGACGGGGCUGGUUACUUAGCGGUAAUAAUCGGCUUUGACGGUGUACAAAAGUGUAGUGAUAUUGAAUAGGACUUACAACAGGGUUAUCUUUCUGACAUGAAGCACUUUACAGUUGGCUAACAUUUGCAGACCUACAGUGUAUAUCCAUAUACACUAGAUAUACAGGGCAUACAGAGAGUAUUCAGAUCCCUUCACUUUUCCAAAUGUUUGUUACGUUAAAUUUGAUUAAAUUGUUUUUUUCCCCUCAAUCUACACACAAUACCCCAUAAUGACAAAGCAAAAACAGGUUUUUAGAAUUUUUUGCAAAUUUAUUCACACAAAAGACCCGGAAAUAUCACAUUUGAUAUAAGUAUUCAGAUCCUUUACUCAGUACUUUGUUGAAGCACCUUUGGUGGUUCCAAACUUCUUCCAUUUAAGAAUGAUGGACGCCACUGUGUUCUUGGGGACCUUCAUUGCUGCAGAAAUGUUUUGGCACCCUUCCCCAGAUCUGUGCCUCGACACAAUCCUGUCUCUGAGCUCUAAGGACAAUUCCUUCGACCUCAUGGCUUGGUUUUGCUCUGACAUGCACUGUCAACUGUGGGACCUUAUAUAGACAGGAGUGUGCCUUUCCAAAUCAUGUCCAAUCAAUUUAAUUUACCACAGGUGGACUCCAAUCAAGUUGUAGAAACAUCUCAAGGAUGAUCAAUGGAAACAGGAUGCACCUGAGUUCAAUUUCGAGUCUCAUAGCAAAGGGUCUGGAUACUUACGUAAAUAAGUUAUCUGUUUUUUAUUUUAAAUACAUUUGCAAAAAUGUAUAAAAACCAGUUUUCGCUUUCUCAUUAUGGGGUAUCUUGUGUAGAUUGAGGACAUUUUUUUAUUUAAUCCAUUUUAGAAUAAGGCUUUAACGUAACAAUGUGGAUAAAGUCAAGGGGUCUGAAUACUUUCCCAAUGCAAUGUAUAUCACCACUUCGUUUGAAUUCUAAUUUCUUUGAAUUCUUAGACGAAGGUUCAGCGAAGAUGAACUUGCCUCUUUGAGAAAACUGCAAAUGUUGCACGGCAACAAAUGGGUGAAGAUCUCGCUGUUGACUGGCCGAAGCGAAACGCCCCUUCUGAGACGCUUUUCUCAGAUGUGUAAGUCAUUAGGAACUUGGGAAUUGAAAUAUAAUGACUCUUGAUCCUUGCCUGACAUCCCCAUAUAUUUUGUGACAUUUGUUACCCAGCGUUGUCUGAACCAUGUUCCCGCUUUGUUUGGUGUGUGUUUUUUUUUUUUUCUUCAGUCGCAAACUUGGGUUCUUGGAGCGAGGAAGAACUGAAGAGACUAAUGGAGGCUGUUCGAGACCACCUGCUGGGACAGGCAGAGCCGGGCAGUGGACCUGCCACCAUCAGGAAAGACAAGCUGUACAACCACAUCCCCUGGUCAGAUGUGUGCCGGAAGGUGAAGACUCGCCACCGGGACCAGUGUAGAAUGAAAUGGUGCGUAGUUUUCAUUGGUUACGGGGUUUCAGGGUUAACAUUUUGUAACAAAAAAAACUAUGGGCGUCAUUGUCAUAGUGCAAAAUAGUGCAGAAAUUAAAAUUCAUUAUGAUCUGGAGAUUGAAUUUGAAAACUUUUCUUCAAUGUGCGAGGACAGACUGUAAACAUAAAUAGUACUGUAGAAUCUGUCCAGACCAUUGGAUGCGUCAGAUAACCAGCAAAUAAUGCUUGUAGACUUAACAGUGAAAUGCUUACUUACGGGUCCUUUUCCAACAAUGCAGAUUUAAAGAUAAAAUACAACAUUGAAAUAGCGACACAAGGAAUAAAUACACAGUGAUGUAAUGAUUACAAAUAAGUUGGCUAUAUACAGGGAGUACCUGUACCGAGUCGAUGGGGUACGAGGUAAUUCAGGUAGCUAAAGUGCAUUCGAAAAGUAUUCAGACCCUUUACUCAGUACUUUGUUGAAGCACCUUUGGCAGCGAUUACAGCCUCGAGUUUUCUUGGGUAUGACGCUACAAGCUUGGCACAUCUGUAUUUGGGGAGUUUCUCCCAUUCUUCUCUGCAGAUCCUCUCAAGCUCUGACAGGUUGGAUGGGGAGCGUCGCUGCACAGCUAUUUUCAGGUCUCUCCAGAGAUCGGGUUCAAGUCCGGGCUCUGGCUGGGCCACUCAAGGACAUUCAGAGACUUGUCCCGAAGCCACUCCUGCGUUGUUUUGGCUGUGUGCUUAGGAUUGUUGUCCUGUUGGUAGGUGAACCUUCGCCCCAGUCUGAGGUCCUGAGCGCUCUGGAGGAGGUUUUCAUCAAGGAUCUCUCUGUACUUUGCUCCGUUCAUCUUUGCCUCGAUCCUGACCAGUCUCCCAGUCCCUGCCGCUGAAAAACAUCCCCACAGCAUGAUGCUGCCACCACCAUGCUUCACCGUAGGGAUGGUAUUGGCCAGGUGAUGAGCUUGAUGGCUCUUUUGUGGGAAUAAACUCAUUCUGAUUGGCUGAGCCUGGCUCCCAAGCUAAAAUGGCUCUUUUGUGGGAAUAAACUCAUUCUGAUUGGCUGAGCCUGGCUCCCAAGCUAAAAUGGCUCUUUUGUGGCAAUAAACUCAUUCUGAUUGGCUGAGCCUGGCUCCCAAGCUAAAAUGGCUCUUUUGUGGGAAUAAACUCAUUCUGAUUGGCUGAGCCUGGCUCCCAAGCUAAAAUGGCUCUUUUGCCAGUCAACCUUUUUAAGGACAACUGUUGCAGUGGCUUUAACGAAGGGAUGGAAUGGGCACUGCUAAGAUUCUAUGAUGGAAUGGGCACUGCUAAGAUUAUAUGAUGGAAUGGGCACUGCUAAGAUUCUAUGAUGGAAUGGGCACUGCUAAGAUUCUAUGAUGGAAUGGGCACUGCUAAGAUUCUAUGCUACGGAUGUUAAACGGGUUAAUUAUCAGAAAUUAUUCAUAUAGCUAACACGUCUCAGAAGAUUUGAGUUCUGGGUUAACCCAGAUUAAUUGCUCACUAAACUCUAGUUAAAUAGUCGCCUCCUUUAUAACUCGCCUUGUUUUAAAAUUUUGCAAGAUAAUAAUUAGGUUGACUGUGUUUUUUGCACAUUGCACAAUUCUUGCACUAUGAAAAUAUCGCCCUUGUUUUGUUUCCACAAGUGUUCAGAUUCAGAACAUGGUCCACCUUUUGAGACGGAGGCUGCAUCUUUUCUCCUGCUUUUCCAGGUUUGGUAUUCUGGCACACAAAAUGACAUAUGGACGACCAGUAUUCAGUGGAGGUGUGAAAACCAUAAAGGCUAAAGUGGAUUUGAUCAAAGCGUGAGUUUUGAGUUUUGUGGUGAUUUUAAAUGCUAUUGUAGAUCUGUGUUUAGCUGAUUUUAUUUUGAAGAUUUAUUAGCCCAGUCUAAUUUAUUUUUUAUUUUAUUUUUUUAACUAGGCAAGUCAGUUAAGAACAAAUUCUUAUUUACAAUGACGGCCUACACCGGCCAAACCCGGACGACGCUGUGCCAAUUGUGCGCCGCCCUAUGGGACUCCCAAUCACGGCCGGUUGUGAUACAGUCUGUAAUCGAACCAGGGGGUCUGUAGUGACGCCUCAAGCACUGAGAUGCAGUGCCUUAGACCGCUGCGCCACUCGGGAGCCCAAUAAUAAUAAUAAUAUGCCAUUUACUUUACCUUUCUGCGUAGUCCUGAUUUACAGGGCCAAAUGUAGUAUUUUGUUGUUGUUAUAAAGGCAUAUGAAACUGGCAUUGGUCCACAAUUUUUAUUUUGGGAAUGUUGAUUCAAUGUCAUUUCGACCUUUCAGGUUGAACGCAAUGCAGGUGGAAGAUGCUUCAGAUGUUGACUGGGAAGAAAUUGCUCACACAAUUGGGUAAGAGGUUGUUAUUAUAAUUGGGUAAGAGGUUGUUAUUAUAAUUGGGUAAGAGGUUGUUAUUAUAAUUGGGUAAGAGGUUGUUAUUAUAAUUGGGUAAGAGGUUGUUAUUAUAAUUGGGUAAGAGGUUGUUAUUAUAAUUGGGUAAGAGGUUGUUAUUAUAAUUGGGUAAGAGGUUGUUAUUAUAAUUGGGUAAGAGGUUGUUAUUAUAAUUGGGUAAGAGGUUGUUAUUAUAAUUGGGUAAGAGGUUGUUAUUAUAAUUGGGUAAGAGGUUGUUAUUAUAAUUGGGUAAGAGGUUGUUAUUAUAAUUGGGUAAGAGGUUGUUAUUAUAAUUGGGUAAGAGGUUGUUAUUAUAAUUGGGUAAGAGGUUGUUAUAUAAUUGGGUAAGAGGUUGUUAUUAUAAUUGGGUAAGAGGUUGUUAUUAUAAUUGGGUAAGAGGUUGUUAUUAUAAUUGGGUAAGAGGUUGUUAUUAUAAUUGGGUAAGAGGUUGUUAUUAUAAUUGGGUAAGAGGUUGUUAUAUAAUUGGGUAAGAGGUUGUUAUAUAAUUGGGUAAGAGGUUGUUAUUAUAAUUGGGUAAGAGGUUGUUAUUAUAAUUGGGUAAGAGGUUGUUAUUAUACACAGAUUAAACUUUGUUUUAGACAAUGUUGCAUUUUUAUUAUUCAUGACAUUUUCACUGAUAGAGGGUUUUAUAUUGUGUACGUUUUUUAGAUUCUCAAAUCUCUUAAUACAACGCUGAGAUGUUGUAAUUGUCUACUAACUCGGUCAAUAAUCGUCAAAAGAACGGGGAUCUUGUACAGUACAAAGCAAAGCCUUUGUAGAUGUUUGCUUAUCGUCUAGGAGUGAGGAGUACAACAGCACGUGGCAGGGUUAUUGAGGAGGAAUGCAGUGCUGUGCAGUGCUAACAUCUCUUUCACGUUCGAAGGGGUGUUACUCCUUACUACCUACAGAUGCACUACCACAAGCUAAAAGUAACCAAAGUUCCGCUGCGGGAGAGCAUGACCUUCUGUGGUAGGUGUAAGCUGCUGUCAUGUGUUUCCAUCACUAGGUUUUUAGCAUACGGUUGAGGGAAUGCAAUGUCUCUUUUCAUUAGAAUAGUUGAAUGCGAGUCACUGUGACAUAACAUCCAAGGGAGAGGAAGUGUAGCCCUGUUUUUAACCUGUUCAUCACCAGCACUAUAAAAGUAGACUGUUUUUAACCUGUUCAUCACCAGCACUAUAAAAGUAGACUGUUUUUAACCUGUUCAUCACCAGCACUAUAAAAGUAGACUGUUUUUAACCUGUUCAUCACCAGCACUAUAAAAGUAGACUGUUUUUAACCUGUUCAUCACCAGCACUAUAAAAGUAGACUGUUUUUAACCUGUUCAUCACCAGCACUAUAAAAGUAGACUGUUUUUAACCUGUUCAUCACCAGCACUAUAAAAGUAGACUGUUUUUAACCUGUUCAUCACCAGCACUAUAAAAGUAGACUGUUUUUAACCUGUUCAUCACCAGCACUAUAAAAGUAGACUGUUUUUAACCUGUUCAUCACCAGCACUAUAAAAGUAGACUGUUUUUAACCUGUUCAUCACCAGCACUAUAAAAGUAGACUGUUUUUAACCUGUUCAUCACCAGCACUAUAAAAGUAGACUGUUUUUAACCUGUUCAUCACCAGCACUAUAAAAGUAGACUGUUUUUAACCUGUUCAUCACCAGCACUAUAAAAGUAGACUGUUUUUAACCUGUUCAUCACCAGCACUAUAAAAGUAGACUGUUUUUAACCUGUUCAUCACCAGCACUAUAAAAGUAGACUGUUUUUAACCUGUUCAUCACCAGCACUAUAAAAGUAGACUGUUUUUAACCUGUUCAUCACCAGCACUAUAAAAGUAGACUGUUUUUAACCUGUUCAUCACCAGCACUAUAAAAGUAGACUGUUUUUAACCUGUUCAUCACCAGCACUAUAAAAGUAGACUGUUUUUAACCUGUUCAUCACCAGCACUAUAAAAGUAGACUGUUUUUAACCUGUUCAUCACCAGCACUAUAAAAGUAGACUGUUUUUAACCUCCUAUUCAUCACCAGCACUAUAAAAGUAGACUGUUUUUAACCUGUUCAUCACCAGCACUAUAAAAGUAGACUGUUUUUAACCUGUUCAUCACCAGCACUAUAAAAGUAGACUGUUUUUAACCUGUUCAUCACCAGCACUAUAAAAGUAGACUGUUUUUAACCUGUUCAUCACCAGCACUAUAAAAGUAGACGUUUGUAUGUGAAAAUUAGUUUUUUUCUACAUUCUGAAAGAUAUGAAAAGCUCAAUGUCAUCACAGUAAAAACACUGAUCGCCCCAAAAAUGGAAAUCCCCUUUAAAUAUAAACAAGGAAGAUGUUGUUGUUUGCUGAUUUUAAUGUAUGUGUGUUUUACUUUCAGAGAUCAUUGAUUUCCUGUACAGUAGUGUUCUGCCCCAGUUUGAAGAGCUCCUCCGCCAGGUUCAGACGGAGUCAGGGGAGACUGAGUCCGGAGACGAGCCACGAGAGCUCUUCCUGCUUUCAGAGAUAUUUGAAAAUGACUGA